UCUGUCCCCACCCGCCAGCCUCUCCUUCCCAGCAUCCCCCUACCGGACGCCCGCCCCCGCCUCCUCGCUACCGCCGGCUGGCCUCCCUCACCGGCCAGAGCUCGACUUCCCCCUCCCACCCCAACGCGACCUAGUCCCUUUCUCCUCCAACCCCUGGUCUCCCCCCGUAGGGAGCCAGAUCCGGCGCCUCCUCCAUCUCCAGAGCCAGCACACGGCGUGCGGCACGAAAGCGGCGGCGCGGGGUCGAGGGGAAAGUGGUGGCGCGGGGAGGCACAGAGAAAGGGAGAUAGCGGGAGGGUACUCUCUCCCUGCGGCAGUUGGUGGAUGGGGAUCGUUAGGGCGUCCAUAGAUUUGGGAAGAUGGAGGCUCCAGUAGGGAAGCUGUAGGUAGUGGCAAUAGAAACCCUCAGCCUUACGGAUCGAGUACCCUUUCAUCACAGUUUGACUGGGUGCGUGAGCAAUCCUGGUGUGAUGCCUAUCCACCAUGUCUUAGCUAGGUCGAGGGCAUUUAAACAGUUGCACAAUUUACAUCAUAACAUGGUUUACGGAGCAGUGAUUUAACUAGCCUUGAUAAAGCUGUUUAUUCAUUGCCAUUUGGAACAAUAUGGGUUGGCUGACCAAAAUUUUUAGAGGCUCAACCUACAAAAUCUCGGAAGGGCAACGCCAAAGCAGACCGGCAGAGGAGGCAGUAUGGAAUGAACCCUCCAGUUCCACUGUUGUGACUGAUGUUCUUUCAGAAUUUGACAAUGAGGACAUUGACCGUGCUAUAGCACUUUCUCUAUCAGAAGAACAAAGGAAGUCAAAGGGAACAGGAAAGGAUCUGCAUUUAGAUGAGGAUGAGCAACUUGCAAGAGCUAUUCAUGAAAGCUUGAAUGUUGAAUCACCCCCUUGUGCUCGGGACAAUGGCUCACCCCCUCAUGCUCGUGAUAAUAGCUCACCCCCUCAUGCCCGUGAAAAUAGCUCACACCCUCGUGCUCGUGAAAAUGGCAUUGCCAACGGUGGCAAUUCAAUUCAGCAUUCACCAUUUAUGUUUUCUUCUGGAUUCAGGACAUGUGCUGGAUGUCAUAGUGAGAUUGGCCAUGGGCGUUUUCUUAGUUGUAUGGGAGCUGUUUGGCAUCCCGAAUGCUUUUGUUGCCAUGCUUGUAGUCAACCAAUAUAUGAUUAUGAGUUCUCUAUGUCGGGAAAUCAUCCAUACCAUAAAACUUGCUACAAGGAGCGUUUUCACCCAAAAUGUGAUGUCUGCAAGCAAUUUAUUCCUACAAAUAUGAAUGGCCUUAUUGAAUAUAGGGCACAUCCAUUCUGGUUACAAAAAUACUGUCCAUCACAUGAGGUGGAUGGUACUCCAAGAUGUUGUAGUUGUGAAAGAAUGGAGCCAAGGGAAUCAAGAUAUGUAUUGCUAGAUGAUGGUCGUAAGCUCUGCCUGGAGUGCCUUGACUCCGCAGUGAUGGAUACAACCGAAUGCCAGCCUCUUUAUCUUGAAAUACAGGAAUUUUACGAAGGUCUAAAUAUGAAAGUGGAACAGCAAGUCCCUCUGCUUCUGGUAGAAAGACAGGCUUUAAAUGAAGCUAUGGAAGGAGAGAAGACUGGUCAUCACCAUCUUCCAGAAACAAGAGGUUUGUGCUUAUCGGAAGAACAGACUGUCAGCACGAUAUUGAGGAGACCAAGAAUGACGGGAAACAAAAUUAUGGAAAUGAUAACAGAGCCGUAUAGGUUGACACGGCGAUGUGAAGUGACUGCAAUUCUCAUUCUAUAUGGUCUCCCGAGAUUGUUGACUGGUUCAAUUUUAGCUCAUGAGAUGAUGCAUGCGUGGUUGCGACUUAAAGGAUACCGCACGCUUAGUCCCGAAAUAGAAGAGGGCAUAUGUCAAGUUCUUGCUCACAUGUGGAUCGAGUCAGAGAUCAUGGCAGGGUCAAGCAGUAAUGCCGCGUCGACGUCUUCGUCCUCUUCAUCAUCCAUUUCGUCAAAAAAGGGUGGGAGAUCGCAGUUCGAGCGAAAGCUCGGCGAUUUUUUCAAGCACCAGAUCGAGUCGGAUACCUCGGUGGCCUAUGGAAAUGGUUUCAGAUCCGGGAACCAGGCCGUUCUUCAGUACGGUCUAAAGCGCACCCUUGAGCACAUCUGGCUGACAGGGACCUGGCCAUUUUGAGAUCCACCUUUAGGCGGAAGUCAUAUAGGGAUUUCAUUGAGAGUCCAUUUACAGGAAGAAAAGGAAAGGAAUUUUGGAGUGCACAAAUUGUACAAGGGGUCUUUUUCAGUUAAAUUUUUUGGAAGGGCUAAGUACAGUAUAUUAGAUGCAUUGAGAUGGCUAGCCUGACCCAAUCUCUUGUAUAUGGACAUCAAAGAUGGAAAUGGAAACAAUGGUAUUAAAGUUAACAAGGAACGGGAAUAUACACAUCUGCUUAUGCACA